AUGUCUCAUCACUAUCAGCAAGCGCAGUAUUCCGAUAACAAUGGAGGAGGUUAUGGUAACUCGUAUGGGAACAGUUACGGCGGAGGAUACAGCGAUGAGCCUCAAGGUGGUAAUUAUGGUAAUAGCUACGGUGGCGGAGGUGGUGGUGGAUGUAAGUCUAUCUCGACCCAUUCGCUUAUGGGAUUGUCUUGGCAGAAGUGUCAAUGCUGA